CAGCAAAGGGUUGCGACAGGGAUUCUCGGAACAUCGGUUAUUAAUGCAGAAAUGGCUACAGCUAGAUUCUGUGAUCCGUGCACAGACGAGAAUAAGUCGGUUUCAGCAACAAACUAUUGUUUUGACUGUGAGGAAAGACUCUGUUCAGACUGUGCAGAGUCACAUGUUCGUUUUAAAGCAUUCAAAUCUCAUCAGGUUAUCGAUUUGUCGUCCGUCGGUUACAAUAUCACACUAUCGGCGAAGAAAAUCUGCAAAAUCCAUCCAGAUAUGCUUUUAGAUUAUUACUGCACAGAUCAUGAUAGUGUUUGCUGUAGAGCCUGCAUUCCUAAAGACCAUAGAAAAUGUGAAAAUGUUCUUCCAUUAGAACAUGCAUCGAAACAUGUAAAAAAAUUCUGCAUUGUUCACUGACAUAAUGGCGGAUAUAAAGCAUCUUAUUACAACCUUAAAUGAUUUACACGGUAACAGAGAAUCGAACUUAAAAUUACUUUUGAAAACUAAAUCAGUCAUAACCAAACAGAUUCUUGAAGUCAAAUCUCGAUUAUUGGAACCAAUAGAUAUUCUUGAACAAGAUCUAUACGCCGAACUGUCAUCUCUCAAUCGUAAACACGAGAUCAAAAUCAACAAACAAAAGGAAGAAAUAUCACAAGUUUUGGGCAGCUUAAAAGCAAGUGAGAACGAACUUGGUUCCCUGAGAGAUCAUGGGUCCGAUAAUCAGCUGUUCAUUUCCUUGCAUCAACAAGUAGCGAAUAUUCAAAGCAUCGAAGCUAGUGUACUGCAGUUGAUAUCAAAUUCAAAAGAAAUCGAAAUAACCUUUGAUGAAAAGAAAGAUAUCAAACUUGAAUGUUUUGGAACACUGUCAGAGUCUGUUCGCUUUUGUCAAAUUCACUACAAGCAAAAGAAAUUUCAACAGGCCCAGAUCUUGGCACAAUCAACAAAACAUAUUGUUGGGUUUGAAAUGGAUGCAGAAUUACAAUUGAAAACAGAGAAUCAUUAUAAUUUAAUUGAUAUAUGUGUCACAGGUGAUAAUAAGCUGCUCCUGGCUAAUUAUUCAUCCUUAGAUCCGAAACUCUAUGUCUACAGAGACUACAAGGAUUACGAGACAGAGAUAACGUUUUCCGAUGAUCCUUUUGAUGUUGAUGUGAUUCCAGGUACAGAUAGAGCUGUUUUUACCUUGCCAGACGAGAAAUCAAUUCAAUUCAUAAACACUACAAAGAUGUCAAAGUGUGAUAAAGUUAAAGUUGGAUUUAAAUGUUAUGGUAUCACUGCUGGAUGUGAGAGAAUUUACGUUGGUGGGGAAGAUGGUAUAAUCAAAACAUUAGACAGCCAUGGGAAAAUUCUAAAAACUAUUACACUGGGAUCUGAUUAUAUUUACUUUAUGUCAUACGAUGAUAUUCACGAGCAGUUCAUUGUUAGAUGUGCUAACAAACUCCUUUGUGUCAAAUUAGAUGGAACACUUGUAUACAGUAAGGACGUUUCAGGUACAGCAGGAAUAACACGCGAUCGACAAGGAAACAUUUAUUAUGGUGGUAACUACAACAACAACGUACAGAGAAUGUCAUCUGAUUGGGAAAACUGUGAGGAAAUGAUAAACAAAGACAAUGACAUUAACCGUCCGUAUGGAAUUUGUUUCAACAACGACUUUACAAAACUGUUUGUUAUUAAUAACCUUUAUGAAUCUGUAUAUGUAUACAAAUGCAAAAAUUGACAAACAGAUAAUGUUCUCGAGAA